AUGGAUCUGAUAGUUUCUUAUCCUGCUCAAGCCAUUAGAUUUAAUCAUUUACAUGAUCGUAUUAAAAUAGGUCGUUCGUUUGUGGUAUCUGGUUUUAUCAAAUUUGAGAAACCUGAUAUCGUUGCGUUAGAAGCAACUGACAUUGAUUAUUUGUCGUCCUUUGAUUUUAAUUAUAAUACUGCGCUUGAAACUUCACCAUCAACCGUCUCAAAAUCUCGUUCAGUUAUUAAUUCAAUAGCUGAUGAGUUCAGAUCCACCUCACAAACUCCUAAUAAACGUCAAAGGUCAAUGUUUACUUCUAUGAACCAAGCCCCUGUUCCAACUUUAUCUACAACACCGCAAGAACUGGACUCUUUUGAUGUCAAUGCCGGAAUCACUUCUAAUAAAAAAAGUAAAAAAAAAUUAUCAGAUUUGGCGCUAGAUUCUCUUAAUCUAGGUGCAACAGGUGAGACUGUUAAUCUUACAAAUCUAAUCUCACAUGUGUUGUAA